AGUGGGAAGAAUAGUGCCCCAUCAUUGGUGUCAGUGGGGAGGAAUAGUGCCCCAUCGUUGGUGUCAGUGGAGGGGAGGAAUAGUGCCCCAUCGUUGGUGUCAGUGGAGGGGAGGAAUAGUGCCCCAUCGUUGGUGUCAGUGGAGGGGAGGAAUAGUGCCCCAUCGUUGGUGUCAGUGGAGGGGAGGAAUAGUGCCCCAUCGUUGGUGUCAGUGGAGGGGAGGAAUAGUGCCCCAUCGUUGGUGUCAGUGGAGGGGAGGAAUAGUGCCCCAUCGUUGGUGUCAGUGGAGGGGAGGAAUAGUGCCCCCAUC